AUGACCCCACAGUGCCUCUUCAUUUGUCGUCUCAAAGCUCCAAACUUAAGUUCUGUCUCUGAAUCGAUUAAAAAUUCCAUUAGAAAGGAAGCCGACAAUAUUAAAGAGUUAACUGAGAAAGAUUUCCCUGUGGUGUUGCAAACGGUUACUUCACUGUCGAAUAGUGUUACCAAUACCGUAACGAGUACUGUCACCAACACAGUUGCUCAGUCGACAAUUCAUUUAUCGGUUUCACAGCUGAAAGAUUCGUGUCAGGACGUCGACCUCUACAACGGUAGUCUACUACUGCGCACCUACGAGAUCAAGCGUACCAAUGAUGUCAUCUUGGCUGAGCGUGCCGAGGAAGUCGACAAGAAGAUCGGUCCUCUCGUGAGAACCUGA